AUGGACUCAAAUGUCAAUGAUAGCCUCUCGUUGGCGCGUAAUUGGCUAGCCGAUGUUCAGCAAUGUCUUCUCGCCAAAGUCGGCAGGAUGACGAUAGUUCAGCUCCAGGCCCUCAUCCUCAUUGUUCGCUAUCGCUUGGAGUCUGGAGAUACAGCCGAAGCCUGGGCGUUGCUCCCUCUUGCCGCUCGGUUGGCAUUCACGCUAAGACUGAAUUACGAGCUCACAAGCAUGCAGCCAAUCGGCCAGGAAUCACGACGGCGAAUGGUUUGGGCCAUUUGGCUCAUAGACCGUCAAUUCUCAGGCGGAAUCCAGGACUUGGCUGUCUUUCCCACCGAACGAGUGCAUAUUCGACUGCCGUGUGACGACCAUAGCUUCGAACGCGGAAUUCCCUCUCGAGCUCAGUACCUGAAUGGCCUGGGAUUACAGACGGAAGGCUAUAACAUGGACAUCUUGUCAUACUAUCUUCAGUUGCAUGUGUCACGCGAUCGUAUUCUAAAGUACACAAAACAAGUUAUUAGAAGUGGUCAAAAUCCAGCCGCAAGUAAAAGUAAGCUUGAAAUGCUUCAGUCCGAGUUGACGAGAUUCGAGGAGGGGCUCCCACCCGACCUCAAACUCAGCCCCGAGUGCCUCAGACUCAAAACACAUUCGAGGGAUGCAAGCAGCUAUAUCGCUUUGCACACGCUCUGGUAUCAAUGCCACUGCGACCUCUACCGUUUCCUCGUUCCAGGAAUGCGUGAGUUUGUGGCUAAGCAAGUUUUCGAUUGCACACCUCCAGAGUAUAUCAUGCAUUGCCAGAGAGCUUACCUCUCCAGCGCCUCGAGUGUGCCAUCUUGUGUCGAAAAUGCAUCGCCUCGAAUUCUGCGGUCCCUUUGAGAUCACACUACUGGUUAACAUCUAUCAAGC